AUGUCUGACUUGCGACUAGCGACGCCAAAGGACUUUCCAGCGUUUCCGUUCAAGCCCUACGAUAUCCAGCUUGAGCUGAUGAGCCACGUCUACUCGUGCAUCGAGAACGGGAAGGUCGCCAUCACAGAAAGUCCCACGGGGACAGGAAAGACGCUCAGUCUUCUAUGUGCGUCCCUCACGUGGCUAAGAGACGAGCAAGAGAGAGCCCGCAAGGGAAAGCUUGCUAUGAACACGGACAACGAUGACGCUUUGGACUGGGUGGUGGCACAGACUAUCGAACGCCGUCGGCGAGAACUCGAGGCGGAAGACCUCGAAUACGCAUCUCGUCUCGCUGCGGCGCGUAAACGAGAGGCGCAACUCCGCAAACUGACGCGCGGCCACGUUCGGAAGAAACCACUUGAUGAUGAUGAUACCUUCCUGCCCGACGAAUCCGAAGAAGGGGGCGACGCAUGUAAUCUAUCUCCUGCCGUUCUUGCUCUCAUGAGAAAGCUGCAAGGAGGGCCCGGGACGAAACAAGAGGACGAUAAGGAGCCGACAUGCACGAAGAUUUACUACGCCUCGCGGACGCACUCUCAACUCGCCCAGGCGUUGCACGAGUUGGAAAAGCUGAAACUGAAGCUCAACGUCGCGGUGUCGAGCAUACAGCAAGUUCACCAAAAGCUCGCCACCGCGAAGCGCUCAGCAUCUGCUGUCGAAGAACAUGACGCUUCAACUGAAGAUGAAGAGGGGUCUGGCGCGCGAGCGGUGUCCUUAGGAUCUCGGAAGCAGCUGUGUAUACAUGAACGUCUGCGGGAGAAGGCGAGCGACCUUGACGAGGCAUGCCGACAAAUGCUCGGUGAGAAGGGCAAGAAACGGUGUCCGCAUCUACCAACAGUAGAGGAGGAAACAAAGAUGCUCGACCUGCGAGAUCAAAUCUUGGCUGUCCCAAAGGACAUCGAGGACCUAUUUCUCACUGGACAGGCCGCAGAUACAUGUCCAUAUUUCGGCGCGCGAAAGGCCAUCCCUCAGGCGCAGCUCGUGCUACUACCGUACAAUCUUCUUCUGCAACGCACAGCGCGGGAAGCUCUCGGCAUUGAUCUUACUGGACAGGUCGUGAUCAUCGACGAGGCUCACAACCUCACGUCUACCCUACUCUCCCUGUCCACUACGCGUCUUCCACUCCGCACCCUCGUUAACGCCCGCCACCAGCUGUCGAUCUACCUCUCGCGCUUCCGCAACCGACUCUCCACCACGCACGCGCUGCACCUCAAGCGCCUGAUGAACCUCCUGGACGCCCUCGUCCAAUACGCGGAAGAGUGGCGCGACGCGCAGCUCAAGGUGGACAAAGGCAACGGCGCGGCAGGAAAGGCGCGCGCCUCUGAGGUCGAGGUUAUGACGAGUGCGGAGCUUUUGCAGCGGCUGGGGCGCAAGGCGGAGGGCGUUAAUCUUCUGGAAGUCGAGAAGUACCUCCGGGAGAGCAAGAUUGCGAGGAAGAUAUCAGGGUACUCGGUCAAGACGCUUGAGAAGGCGGCGGGUCAAGACAUAGCCAAACUCGCUAAACUCGCUCGCUUGGCGAGCACAACUCCGCCGUUACAUGCGGUCGAGAGUUUCAUCACCGCGCUCUCUGCGUCUAGUGACGAUGGACGCGUCACCCUGUCGAUGGUAGACGGGCAGGUCGAGAUCAAGUACCAGCACCUUAACCCAGCGACGUACUUCCAGGAAGUAAUCGACUCUGCCCGAGCGGUGAUCCUUGCCGGCGGGACCAUGUCUCCAAUUGACGAUGUCGUGCACCAACUCUUCUCCGCACUACCCGCAGAUCGGCUGUCAACGUUCUCGUGCGGCCACAUCAUUCCGCCGGAGAACCUGCAGACGCUGGUACUCAAGAAGGGACCACGCGGGGGCGAGCUGCAGUUCAAGUACCAGCAGCGAGGCGACGAGGGUCUCAUCGCAGAGCUCGGCCAAAUUCUCCUCAACUUCACGAACGUCGUUCCGGGCGGGAUGGUGGUUUUCGUGCCCUCGUAUGCAUUUCUCAACACUGUCACAAAGCAAUGGCAGGCGGGUGGCCUCCUGGAAAAGCUGAAUGCCAAGAAAAAGGUAUUCUCUGAGCCCCAACAGAGCAACGAGGUCGAAGCAGUCCUGCGGGACUACUCCGCCCAAAUACAAAGCGGCGACGACUCAGCGGGGGGCAAGAAGCGCGGCGCCCUUCUUUUCGCCGUUGUUGGGGCGAAGCUGUCUGAGGGCCUUAACUUCGCGGACGACCUUGCACGUGCGGUGGUCAUCAUCGGGCUCCCGUUCGCGAACCUCGGCUCACCCGAGCUGCGCGAGCGCAUGAACUACGUAAACCGCCUAGAGCAGCGCCGACGCGCCGCUGCAGCUCCUUCAAGUCGCCCCGGCGGUGCCAAAGACGCGGGGACAGAGUUAUACGAGAACAUGUGCAUGAACGCAGUUAACCAGAGUAUUGGACGUGCGAUUCGACAUCGAGGAGACUGGGCCGCGUUGAUCCUGGUAGACGGUCGGUAUGCGUCGCCGCGCAUCAGGAGCAAGUUGCCGAAGUGGAUUGAGGCGGGGACGAAGGUCGCGGACGGGUUCGGGCAGGCGAUGAAAGAGCUCGGGCGAUUUUACCGCGAGAAGAAGGCGCAGCUCGUGUAG